AUGGAUGAGAAAUUUGUUUUCUUGGAUAUCAAAAUUGGAUCUAAUUCCAUAGGACGCAUUGUCAUCGAGCUUCUUUGGGAAAAAGCUCCUAAAACAUGCAAAAACUUCCAGGUCCUAUGCUCUGAGGGCAUCAAGAUCAAAAACCAAGUUUUCACUUACCAGGAUAACUGUUUCCAUCGAAUUAUUAAAACUUUUAUGAUCCAGGCAGGAGAUAUUGUUUAUGGGAAGGAUGGUCAAAACUGCACAAAGUCCGCUGAGAUUGGAAAAGGCGGAUGCUCUAUUUAUGCUAAGGAAGACGAAUUGGUUUCGACAGAAUCGCCGGAUGGUAUAAGAUGCUACGGAAACUUUGCGGAUGAAAAUCUAGGCGAGUUACCAGAACCAUUCAUGGUUGCAAUGGCCAAUAUGGGGACAGAAAAUUCCAAUAGCUCGCAGUUUUUCAUCACAACGCAGAGUGCUCCUCACUUGAACGAAAAGCACAGUAUAUUUGGUAAAGUUUUACAUGGUAAAUCUGUUGUACGUACUGUGGAACGCUCGGAAGUGGACUCUGAUGGGUUUCCGAAAGAACCAGUUUUCAUUGAAAAGUGUGGACAAUGGCAGAUAUCUAUGGGAAUUCCAGUGUUCAAUGCUUCGAAUGAUCCAAUAGGUGGUGAUGUUUAUGAGGAGUUUCCCGAGGAUGAUCUGAAUUUUGACCAAGAGUCAGCCGAAAAGGCAUUUGAAGCGUCUGCAACUAUGAAAAAUUCUGGCUCUCUUUUAUUCAAACAAAAGAACUUUCAAGGCGCCCUCUUCAAAUACAAGAAAGCCUUGCGCUACGUCAACGAGUUCAUACCGGAGCCGGAUGUCAGUCAAGAAUAUAACUUAAAGUUUACUGAUCUAAAAGCUAAACUCUACCUCAACAUUUCGCUGGUUUAUCUCCAGCUUCAGCAGUUUGAAGAUUCUUUGACAUAUACAACUUUCCUGUUAGAGAUGCCGGAGUCUUCUCGGUUUGAUAAAGCGAAGGCUCAUUAUAGAAGCGGAAACUGCCAUUUUGCCAAGAAAAGAUUUGACAAGGCUUUAGCGGCCUACAAGUCUUGUAAGGAACUAAACUCCGAGGACGAAGUGGUGGAUAAAAAGAUCGCAGAUACCCAGGCCAGGUUGGACCAAGCCAAGGAAAAUACCAAGAAAAGCUUAGCAAAAUUUUUCGGUUGA